GUCUGAAACCCGUUGUGCAGGCCAGACUGGCUUCUGAGUGCUGGGAUUACAGGCAUGUACCACUACACCCAGCAAGAAGAUGGAUUUCUGAUGCCCUUACAGUCAAAUUGGAGAACGGUAGCUUUGGGUUUGUUUUCACUCUGGCCUGACCUGGGUAACCCAGGCCUUUAGGGGACCCGAUCUCACUGCUCGUGUCCCUGAAUCCUUCUCCUCCUCAUCUUGUCAGCUUUGUUGUUUGUUUCCAGAGGCAGAAUGUCAACAUGUCAGAAAAAAACAGGGAUGUGAUGACCAAGGUACACAGUGCAUGUCCCAUGUCCCUGGUGUGGCUAUGUGGGAGGCAUGGAGAAACCACAGUUUUACCAAACAGAGCUACUGUAGAUAUUUCUUGUGCAAGCAUAAACCUGGUUGCCCACAAUUUAAAGCAUAUGUUGUUUUAAUGUGUCAGAUUUUGUCACUGUCAAUGGUCAAUGAUCUGCAUAAAGAGAUAAAUGAAAUCCCAAGUGACCUUUGAGUAGCCAUCCUGGUUAAAAUGACUUUCCCCUUUCUUUGGUCCUUUGUUAGCUAUCCUUACAAUUCUCUUAUGCUUGCUAUGAUAGACUAACAAUGCAGGCAAGGCGUUCAGCCUUGGCCUCUGCCUCUAGUACGGACACGAUUUUCUUCUUAAAAUCUAAAAGAGGAGAUGUGGGAAGCACAGAGGUCUUUGUGUUCACAAAUGAGCACAAGGGGAAACUGGGAUUUUGAACACACAGGGUUGCUUCUUCAAAGAAAAGGGAUACAAACCUAGUAUCCCACCCAAAAGACUGGGAGCAGAUGUGGCUAAUAGCCUGGGGAUCUUCACGCUAUCUGUGUGGCUGAGACCACACUGGAUCCUCCCUAAGACCCUUAUCAUGAGCUUGUCAAUCUACAGAGCCCUUCUUUAUGGAAGACAUCCCAUGUGUGAUUUACAGAGAGUUUUGAUGUAGUCAUGUCUUAAGCUUUGUUGUACACAUGGGAUUAUGACCAGGAAAAUCGCACCAGUCUGUGCUGUUCUCAAAUAUACCUAAAAUAUACCACUUCAGGUCCCACUACUUAGUCAUAUUGAACCUUCCUACUUUCUUACCUCCCACAGAUCAUUACUCUGCUGGCCAUGGUGCUUGCAGAGACCCCCGAAUGGGUAGAGCAGGCACAGAUAGGUGACUGAGCUGAUCCCAUAUUGAAAUUAUUUCUUCCAAGGAAUAAAGCAUGAUAAAGUCAAGAGGAUGGAUCUGAACCCAGACCCUGGCUCUGCAAAUGCUGGCUGUACACUCUUGGGCCGCUACCAAGCCUUCCUAAGCUCUGGGUGCCUGAUUCUCCCCCUCCCCUAAUAGUUGGAAGCCAGUUCACUGGGGAGUGCCUUUAGUGUUGAGAUGAAGCAAGGAAUAUGAAGGUGAAGGUAGAAUGUAGCCACGCCCCCACCACCAUUGGCCAACCCAGGUUUUGCUGAUGUCCUGGUGACUCUCUUCCUCUAGUGCUGAAGUGGAGUGUGACCCAGAUGCUUAAAUACAUGAUUGGCUCCUAUGAAGAAAGAUGGCAAAGUUCCUCUCCCUGACACCCCAGAAACAGGUGCUGAUCCUUACUGUGAGGUAGAGCCUGCUCAGUCCACUUCCAGAUUCAAAGUUGAAGCUUAGGGGCAGGAGUAGUAGCCAGGAUCAGAACAGAUGUGAAUUCAGACCCACCCGCAGAGUGUCUUUGGAAACACCAUGACACACUCCAAAAGGGUCCUGCAGUCUCUUGGCUAUGUAGUGGGAUAUAAGCCUAAGGGCCAAGGAUGUUCCAAGUAUUAAGUGUCAGCACAUAAGCACAUACACACAGGCACAUGCAUGCAUGUGUGCUAAUUCAUGCACGCACAUACACAACCCCUCCCCCACAUACAUACAUAGGCAUGCACAUACACAGUUGUUAGAUACUUUUGGCUUUACUCCCCAGAGAUUAUGUAUUUUCCCCAAGCCUCCCCAACACUCGAACCCUCUUAAAGAUUCUCCUCAAAUACUUAAGAAACAAAGUAACAAACGGUGACUUGUUCUCGGUUCACAAAGAACAAGGACCUUCCAGACAGGCACACUGACUUUGACAAAGCAAUGGGGCAGCCCUGUGUGUACCUCUUGAAUGGGGCUGUGAAGAACACUAAAGGAAUCCUAGAGGGAGAGCCAGUUCAUGCUGGGCCAGAUGCUGACCGUGGCACACUUACAUUAUUAAAAAGUAUGGUUUGGUCUGAUGGAGCCUCUCUCAGGCACAUGCUCAUUCACAUGGGAGAUUGGUAAGGUUAUUAGAGCCCCAGUUGCGCUAUUUUAGGUAGCACCCAUUUAGCAGGGUGCGCUAAUCGUGGCCGAAUGAGUGCAGCUGCACCAGAAUGAUACGGGAUCAUAAAACUGCCUUCCCUUUCUGUGUGGAAGCCCACCAUCUGCAACACUUCCUCUUCCUCUGCAAGUCUUCCCUGUUUGGGACUGCUGGGACAAUGGGAGGGGAUCAGGAAAGUUCUUCAGCCUCUGUCUGACUUGGCGUCCUCCGCUCCAUGCUGAAACUAUCCUAAGCCUUUCUCCCUCUUUAUUCCUGAAGAGCAACUCUGGUAGCCUAUGAAGACCUGUGACCUCCCACAGAUUCUGUUUUGAGGCCAACAUAGGUAUGAUUGCCUUGAGGUUGGUGUGCACCACGGGUUCUGUGUUCCCUCCUGUCCCCUCCUGGCAGCCUUUCUUAGCUCUGAAGAUGAAUCAGCUUGAGUUGAAACACUUAAGUGGAAGAUGCUGGAGCAGCUGCUUCCACACUUGAAGUCGUUCCCACUUGGGAUUCUCGGAGCACCCCUUGGGGAAAGACAUUUUCUGCUCCCGCUAAGUUGGCAAGGCCUGCUUCCCGAGCCUCCUGAGCAGCGUGACUGCUGGGCCAGCGCCUCCUGAACGUCCCACCCUCUCCUCCUGAGGGCACACUGGGAGAAUCAUGGGAGAGACAGAAGGGAAGAAAGAGGAGGCUGACUAUAAGCGGCUGCAGACUUUCCCCCUGGUCAGGCACUCGGACAUGCCAGAGGAGAUGCGAGUGGAGACCAUGGAGCUUUGUGUCACAGCCUGUGAGAAAUUCUCCAACAACAACGAGAGUGCUGCGAAGAUGAUCAAAGAGACAAUGGACAAGAAGUUUGGCUCCUCCUGGCAUGUGGUGAUCGGCGAGGGCUUUGGGUUCGAGAUCACCCAUGAGGUGAAGAACCUCCUCUACCUGUACUUCGGGGGAACCCUGGCUGUGUGUGUGUGGAAGUGCUCCUGACAGCACCCGCAGCUCUCCUGCCUCUCCUCUGGACUGGGGAGCAGCCCUAGGCAGAGCCUGGCUCCUGUAAGGAGAGUUCCGAGUUUUCUUUUGUCCUUGUGUACCAGUUUCCUGAGCCACAUUCAGGUGUGAAUUUUGUGACAUCUCCACUCCCAGGCUCUCCAUUGUCUCCCUCUGAGUCCUGAGCUGUGGACAGGCUUCUCUGUGUGCAUGAGGGGUGGGAUUGUGUGACGGGUGAGGUCAUGGGAUUUUUCUCCUUGGAAUGGAUUGAUCCCACCCUCCAUCCCAGGAGCCCAAAGCCCUUCUGCCCCCAAGACUCCUGGGAAGUAUCUAUUCGUUUGUCUUUAGUGGCUAUGUAGAAGUAGCCUAAGACGAGGCCUCUCCUCUCAUGAGACACAGGACACUUCUCUCCUUGUCGUUGGGGAAGGGGUUCCCUCUCUCCUCCCCAGCCUAACCCGGAGCUGAACAGACCACCAUUUCUUACUGGACCAGCAGUUCAUAGCCCUGGCUUUGGCAUGAGAAUCACACAGUCUUCCUGUCCCCUUCUCUCUCCCAGCCCGGGCCACACAUCCAUAGCACCUCCAUCAUAUCAGCCGUGUGGCUGAGAGCUAGGGCCAUGGUGCAGAGCGAGUUCUCAAGCUGUUGCUGAACUCCGGUGAGACACCUGGGCCAGGAGUGCGCUCACCGUGAGGCCCCCUUAGCAGGGAACCUGGCCUGCCAGGACUUCAUCAGGGACCGCAUGCUCUUUGUACUUCUUACCUUGCUGGCUUUUCUAGAUUCUUUUUGAGUGUGGGGAGAAGGGUUUUAGUAGAAGGGUGAACCAUAUUUUACACAGCGGUCUUAUUUAUAUAAACGUCUUGGUUUUUACAAUUAAAAUGACUAAAAGCUAAACUUA